AUGGAUGAACCAGAAGGGUUUCUGAGGUACGCCAGCCCAAAUGAACUGCGCACCAUCAGCCGCGAAGAUGUUGGAUUUUACCAUGCCGUCAUCGUCGGGGCCAUCUAUGAUUUUGACAGCGAAGGCGACCCUUUAUCAUCCAGCUUCUACUUCCAUCCGCUAAGGGUCUGUAUCGAGGAACAGCCCUUCCUUUGUGUCGCUGUUAGCGACAUGCACACAGACAAGGCCUUCUAUCAGCGUGUCCCUCGCAUAAACCUGGAAGAACACGUUCUCAUCGAUACAGACAACGGGUCGGCUACUGUCAAGGGGCAUGGAACCGACGACUUGAGAGCAAUGCAGCGGGCACUGGAGGCCAACUUGGACCGACCUUUCCCCCGAGGCGUCCCACCUUGGAGGAUCGUCGUCACGCCACUGCCGUCCUCACCCUCCCGAUGUUUCAUCGCGUUCUGCUAUUCUCACACCGUCGGAGAUGGGCCAACCGGAUUAUCAUUCCAUCGGACAUUUUUACGAGCGUUCCAUACCACUUUCAGAGACAAGCCCUUGUCGAACGCAGUCGAAACGCCCCAAACGCCGUUCCCCAUCCCGUUCGACACUCCCGAGAGGCUUCCCAUCUCCUGGUCCUUCCUAUUGUCGCCUCUCUUAUCCCUCGUCUUCCCACGUUUUCUCACGCAAUGGCUCGGAUUGCGAUCCGGGGCCUCAACCGUCGACGCCGGAACGUGGACCGCCUCGCCUAUCCACUUCAACCCGCACAAGAGUCGUACGAGGAUAGCAUUAUUCGAGAUCGAAGCCGCCGUGUUAGAGAAGGCCCUGCGCGCUGCGAGGAAGCAUGACGCCAAACUUACCGCCGUGCUCGGUCAACUCGUGGCCCGGGCACUGAGCCGGGUCAUCCCGGACAAAGGGGUCACGAAUUUCGUAUCGCAGACACCCGUUAACAUGCGCGGAGCCGUCGGCCUACCGGAGGAUCAGACCGGCCAGUUCGUUUCCGCAAGUUAUGUGCGCCACGAGCGAGCAUUGUGCGGCCGCUCGAGCGAGGACAGCAGCAACGGCCGAGGCAGCGGCGUCCUGUCCGAGCAGGAGUGGACCGCGGCAGCUGCGGCGACGCGGGAGUUCGCUACCUGCGCCGCUACGCUGCAAGACCAGCCCAUCGGGCUCCUGAGGUACCUUCCCAGCGUCAGGAAAUGGACGCUAGGGAAGAUGGGCGAGCCGCGGGACUCGUCGUUUGAGGUCAGCAAUGUCGGGGUCUUCGACGAGGCGCCGGCACUGGCAGGAGAUGACGAUCGGCGAGGCGCCCUCGGGAUAAGGAGGAUGGUGUUUGCGCAACCGGGACAGGUGGCGGGUCCUCCCAUCGCGUUCAGUGUCGUCAGCCUCAAGGGUGGAAGCUUGGUCUGCACAGCGACGUGGCGUGCUGGUGCCUUGGGCGUAUCGGAUGAUGAGGAGGAGUCGUUGGUGGACCGGCUUUGUGCGCUCGUUAAAGCCGACUUUGAGGCACUGGAAUAGGCACCGGGCCGUGGGGCCUAACUUGUCUGGUUCUUAUAAUUCUCCUUCGGGUGAUCAUUUUGGGCUAGACGACCGCAUCUCAGGCCAAAGGAUAGGGCGCCGGACCGAGCCUGCCAUACUCCGUGGUGUGGGCUUCAUGCAUCUAGAAGUAAUUCUCUUUUGGGGCGACUCAAGAGAGCUCGCAGCAUACCACACGUCGUGAUGAUAUAGAUAUUUCAAUUCGACCGUUCUCUACGCC